AUGCUGAAACUGCGGUAUAGUGUGACCUGCAAUGACACGAGACUCGGUUAUCCUCUCUGGGUAGCUCUUACAGAUAGUAUAUCAUGGAUUCGGUCAUUCCCGAGCAUCUACGACCUUGAUAUCCAAGUCAAGCUUGAAGACCCCUGGCCUGAUCUGGCGGACCUCAUUCGGCAAAACUCGGACCGGAUGGCCACUUCGGAUAUGCCAGACGAUUCAGAUGAUCCUCUCGAUGUAGCGCAUACAACUCCAGCGCCUGGCAGUGGUAGCACCCUAGACCACACUCAACCCAUAGACUUCGAUAGCCUUGUUUUGGACCUCGAGAUAGACCUACGAUUGCUGAGAGUCAAACGUCUGAGAACACUUCGACUGACGAAUGCUAUAAUAAAGGUGAGUGAAUUUCUUCAAAUUGUCUGUAUGCAUCCGCACGGCUCCGAAUGGCAGCUAUCUAUCCAUCUCGCCGAGACUGUAAUCCUUUACUACGGUCUUCCUGCAACUAUUUUUCUCGACCUGCUGGCCCAAUUGAAUGUACGACUGUACUAUGAGCCCGUUCAGACCUACCACUACAUGAUAUUACCCCUUGGGGAUUACCGAGUGGUACCCAUCUAUUCCUACUCUGCAGGGCAAACACGAAUUUCACGAUGGCAGUCACUUAGACUGGGACAUGAUUGCUGGGGUGAGCCCGAUGGCCCAUGCAUGAUGCCAAGUCAUGGUAAAUCAAAAUUCACAAACAUUACCACAGAGUUCAGGAGUUAUAUAUUGGAUUUUACAAGCUUCGUACUGUCCUACAAGACGCAUGCCUCACCAGAGCCAAAUAGUAAUAUCACACUCACAUAUGAAAUGCGCAUGAAAGACAGUCGAAUCAUUUGCGGAUGGGUUAUUGGGGCACCACCUCUUGAUUACGAGCGGACACCAGGGCCGUCUCAAACCAUCCUCCCAAUAUCAACGAUACGCGUGUUCUUCGACCUCAGUGAUUUUCCGGGAGAGUAUGCUGAGGUGGAGGACUAUUGA